AUGGUUAUAGAAAAAGAGCUAUCAACAAAAAUUUUCGAAAAAAAAUUAUCAUCAAACUGUGUUGCAAAUUUUAUUUAUAAUAAUUAUAUAAAAAAUAAAAAAAAUAUUACUCUUGAACUUCCAAUAGAAAAUAAAUCAAAAUCCUUUUCAUUACUAUUAAAUAAUAGUAAUGUCAUUGAUAUUAAUGUUAAUAAUAGUAAUAAUAAUUUAGAGGGAGAUAUUUUUUGUGACCACUUUGAAAAAAAUGAAAAAAAUAAGAAUAUUGACCAUUUAAUUUUUUUAGAACAAAAUCAAAUAUUAAUAUUAAGGGGUUUAAACAACACAAAUUUAAAAUAUAAAUUGGAUAUUUUGGGAAAAGUAAAUAAAUUAUCGAAUGAUUUAGUUUCUAAAUUUAAAUUGUCUCAUAAAAUUCUUUCAGUUUGUUUUUCAGAUUCAAAUAAAAAAACAAUGAAUAAUAUUGUUAAUGUUUAUUAUGAUUCAAGUUAUGAGCAUAUUAAAUUUAUUAAUUUCGAUAUACUGAUAAAAGAUAGGUCGGCACAUGGAGGAGAAAUCAAUCUACAGCUUUUUGAUGAGGAAAUGAAAUCAAUAAUAGACCCAAAGGAUUUCAAAUAUUUAGAGACCAAUAAUAAUAUUAUAAAGUUAUUAAAUACAAUGCAAUUUAACAAAAAUUCUGUAAAUGUAAAUGAUGGGGUUUUAAAAAGUAUUCCAAGUGUUUGGGGAGAGUCAGAAAUCAGUUUUGAUGAACUAAAAUCCUAUCUAUAUUUCAACGAUAAUGGUCCAAACGAGAAAUUUUUAAAUUUAAAAGAUGCUCAAAAUAAAAAGGAUUGUUUAAUAAAGUUAUUAAGGCUACAAUCUAUUGAUAUACUUUUAAAUUCAAUAAAUUCACAAUUUUCAAACAUUUCAGAUGAUUUAAAAAUUGGUUCAUUCGAAUUAAACCAUUUUUUCAAAUUAUCAAUCAUGGAAAUUCCAUCCUUUAUUUCAGAAAAUUCAUUAAAUUUAAAUUCAUUACUCUCAAAUUAUUUUAAUGAUAUUAUGCAAGAUUUAUUUUAUAGGCAUAUGGAAAGUUCUUUAGGAAUCUAUGGAAAAUACCCCAAUAACUCAUCAGUAAUUAAAGAAUUGGAUUCUACAAAUGGUCUAUUGUCAGUUCUCAAUUUAAAGAAAUUAAAUAAUGUCAAAGAUAAAAUUGUUUUUUCGCAAUUCAUACAAACACCAAAAUCAGAAGAGGAUUUAUUUAUCUUUUAUCAUGACGAUGGUACGAUUCAAUCUUCAUACAGCAAAAAUAUCUAUAAUGAAAAUUUAAUGUAUGAACCAUCAAAAACAUUUUCAACAAAUUUGGCUUCAUUAUUCAAUAAUUAUCUUACAGAUUUACAACUAUUUAAGAGUAAAAUGAAUCUUUUAAACCUGGAAAGCUCGGCAAAGUUUUUUGUAUUUAAUCUUAAUGCCAAUGCCAAUAAUAAAGAAAUGGUAGAAGAGUCGCUAUAUUUGGGUGGUGUUUAUUCCAUAUUGGAUUUACCAACUAAAAUAUUUAAAAAAUUAGAAUUUACUAGUUUUAAUGAAAAGUUUCAAGAUUUGUUAGUUGAAAGGGGAGGCUUUUUAAAAGAAACUAAAUCAAUUUUAGAAUCAGCAAAUAUCAAUCCAUCAAGCUAUUCUUUUGGUGAAUAUGUGUUGUUUAUAAGUGAAAAGGCAUUAAAUGAACUAAUUAAAUUAAAAAACCAAAAAUCUGUAAAUAGUGCACCUUUAAUGGACAGUAAUACUCACACUCCAAUCAAUCAAGGUAGUUCGAGAUCAUUCAAUUUAAAUGACACACCAAUAAAAAGACAUCAAAUAUUAGAUACUAAUCCUUUAGAAGAUGAUGGCGAAGCUGCCCAUCUCUCUGUUAACUCAGCAUUCAAUAAAAAUCUACAUGAUGAAGAAAGUAAUAAUUGGCCAAAUUACUUGGACCAAGAAAAAAACCUUUCAAACCAAAAUGACGAUAAUGAUAAUAGUUCACAAAAAUCAACCAAUUAUUCAAAAAGCAAUUUAGAAAGAGACCAAGCGAACUAUAGCGUUGUAAAUAACACCUUUCACAAUUAUUUUAGCACCAAUAUUAUUGGGGAAGAAGAGUCCAUUGAAAAUCAAACUGAUGAAAGUAUAGACAUAACAAAUAAACAACUAAUUAUCGGAGAAUACAGCCAUCUUUUCACACUAUAUUCAAAUUUAAAAACUAUUCAAAGCGAAGAUGAACCCAAAAUUGAAAUAAAUAGAUAUUUGGUCUAUUUAGAGCAAUACUUAAAGUUAAAAAUUUUGGUUGCAGCCUCAAUAGGAAGCUUUUCUAAUGAAGAAAUAAAAGAAUUUAUUAACUCAUUAUAUUUAUUAUUAAAAAAAUCAAAGGACCAGGACUUAUCAAACAAUUUAUUUAAAACUCAAAUAAAUGAAUAUAUUUUAACCUUUUUAAAUAUGUGUAUUAUAAAAGAUGACAAUGAUUCAGAUGACCACCUCUACAGGUUUUCAGAUAUUAAAAUGAUUUCGACCAUUUCAAACUAUCUUACAAUGGUUCCAUAUAAUGAUGGGUAUUUCGAAAACUAUUAUUCAGAGCUAAAUGGAAUAAUGGUCCAUUUGUUAUUUUUUAAAACAAUUGUUUUAAAUAAAAGUGUUUCUAUAGAGCUAAUAUUACCUACAGAAAAUUUCUUAAUUUCUCUCUAUUAUAUCACCUCCAAACCCAGUGUAGUUAAAGCAUUAGCAUCUAAAGUAGGAUGGUUAGUAAAAGAAGGUGUGCAUAUAGUUGCUAUUCUCUCAAAAUUAUUUUCGAUUCUUGUUGGCGAAAAUUUUUAUGCAUUAUUAAUUAAAAUAACAAAAAAUAUUUUUAAAUGCAAAGAAUUUAAUUGUGAAUUCAUUAAAACAGGUUUAUUGGGUUGUAUAGUAAAAAAAAUGUCCAAAGGUUAUGUCAAAGUAAUAAAAGAGUUUCAAGAUCUCUUUUUGGAAAUUACCUAUAUAAAUUCCCUUGAUAAAGAGCAAUUUUCAGAUCAAUCUUUUAUAAUGUAUAUUAACCAAUUUAAAAUUUUAGGUAUUUCUUUAUUAAAGUAUAUUUUAAAUAUGGAAUCAAGUUCUUCUUCUUUUGGAACUAUUGUUGAAUGUUUCGAUACAAUGCUAAAUAAUCAAGAUAUUUUCCUUUUUGUUGAAGAGCUAUUCAAAGAUCAAAAACACCCUUUAUUUGGUUGUUCACAGUUUUUUAAAGAAAAAAGCAAUUCAGAAAAAAAUAAAAUUGAACUUUUGCCACAUUCAAAUAUUAAUCAAUACAGGAAUUGGAGAGAUAAAUUACUAAUUGAUCAGGUUAAAGAGUUAAAUAAGCGAUGUGAUAGAGAUCUUUCUAAAUAUGGUGUUGAAUGGGAACCACCAAAGGAACAAACAAAGAAAUAA